AUGGGCGGCAAGCUCCCGCGCGGCCUAUGCGGCGGCGGUCUGCACGUCCUGGAACUGGGAGGCGGCGCCAUGGGGAGGAGUCGUACCCGGGGGAGGCCGGGAGGUGUCGCGCCACGGGGUAAGGAGGAGGAGGAGCCGAGGAUGUCUCACCGCAAGUUCGAGCACCCGAAGCACGGCUUCCUCCCCAGGAAGCGGUCCUCCCAUCACCGCGGCAAGGGGAAGACAAAUCUGUUGUGUUGGGAAAUGAGGAUGACGGCUGCUCUUUAUGUGGCUUGGGCGUUGGACUGCUGCAGUAGCAAAGGGAGGGCACUCUUUCAUGACCUGCAUGCAUACAGGGUCGUCUUUGAUGUGGUACCUGAAGGCCAUCCUGCGCAUAAACAUUUGGAACCUGCUGGUGAUGUUUUAGUAUGCAUCAAUGAGGAGGUGAGAACUGCUUUUAAUGGCUAG